GGGUGGUGUACAGUGCGUGCGCGCGCAAAGGAUUGUGGGCUCGGCGCGUAUAUGUUUCCAUCAUGGCGGCGUCAAUUUCGGGAUACACUUUUAGUUCUGUGUGUUAUCACAGUGCCAACAGCAAUUCUGACCACGAGGGCUUCCUGCUGGGAGAAGUGAGACAGGAGGAGACUUUAAGCAUCAGUGACUCACACAUCGGUAGCGCAGAAUUCCUCAGUGUAAUAGAGGUCCAUAAUCAUGAACCUUGUGCACAACUGUUUAGCUUUUAUGACUAUGCAGGUAAUGUCAAUGAAGAAAAUCUCAACAGAAUCCUCAAGGACAGAAGAAAAAAUGUCAUCGGCUGGUACCGGUUUCGAAGGAACACUCAACAGCAGAUGUCAUUCAGGGAGCAGGUGAUCCACAAGCAGCUGACCCAUAUACUUGGCAUCCCAGAUCUGGUCUUCCUCCUCUUCAGCUUCAUCUCCACAGCCAAUAGUUCCACACAUGCUUUGGAGUAUGUGCUCUUCAGGCCCAACAGAAAUUUGGAUCUUUAUAUCAGCAGGUAUAACCAGAGGAUAUCUUUAAGCAUCCCAAACCUGGGCAACACCAGUCAACAGGAAUAUAAAGUCUCAUCUGUGCCGAACACCUCCAAGAACUACGCAAGUGUCAUUAAAGAACAUGGGACUGAGUUCUUUGAUAAGGAUGGGGUGAUGAAAGAUAUUCGAGCUAUUUUUCAAGUAUACAGUGCCCUUCAAGAAAGAGUGCAGGCAGUGUGUUGUGAAGUGGAUCAGAGUGAACGAGUGAGGGAGAAAAUCCAAGAAGAAGUGAACAAACUCAAAGAGGAAAUCGCUCUCAGGAAACGUAACAGCGCUGAAGAAGAGAGAAGACUCCAAGAGGCAGCCGCUGUCACGCUUCCCGAUAACUCUGCCCUUCCCGACUCCAAACACUCUUCGCUGACUCGAGUCGUCCUCUCAGGUCCCUCGGUGGAGCCCAGUGUAGAGAGACCCUUGAACUCAUCAUCUCCACCAAUCCACAGCACCACACUGCCUCCAGAUUCACCAAGCGCUAUACUGCUGCCACGGCCCCAAGCCGUAGGUUCGCCCGGCCACCCGUCUCCCAUUCUGGGCCUGGGCAACGGAGACGGUUCGAGCUCAGAUUCCCUGAACCGCCAGGCUACCGGCCAAGAAGACCAGGAGGAUGACGAGGACGAGGACAGUAGCGAGUAUGAAAAUUUAGUUAGCGAGCAAUUGCAACCUCCUUCCUUAACGGAAACUGUUACAUUAGGACGACCGGCUACUCUGUGGCCCGACGGAGAUGCCCACAGCCCGCCGGGCUCAUAGUAGUCAAACAAACCAACGGGGAUAUUGAUGAACGAACUGAACUUGGUGUGAUCGUGAGGUCAGUGGUGUUCAGAACACAAACAAGCACUUGCCUUUUGUGAGUUAUGACAAUGCUGUCCUGUUGCACACAUUUAACAGCUCUGUGCAGGGGACGAACUCUGAAGUGAAAUGGAAUGAUAUCCCCUUCCAUGUGGACAGACACCCUUUUCUUUGUUUCAUGCUCUCCUCUCUGGUUUUGUUUGGGUGGAGAGGUGCAUCCUGCUUAUCUCGGCUUCUGCUACUCACUGGAGCCAUUCGGUUCUUGCACCAUUUACCUCUUGCACUGUUUUGCCUUUUGAUC